AUGGUCAACAUCACGGACAAGAUCAAGGAGAUCGAAGAUGAGAUGAGCAGGACGCAAAAAAACAAGGCCACCAACUACCAUUUAGGAUUGCUGAAGGGAAAGCUUGCCCGACUACGUGCCCAACUUCUCGAGCCCACAACAGCUGCUGGCGGAGGUGGCGCUGGUUUCGAUGUCUCGAAGUCUGGUGAUGCUCGAAUAGCUCUGGUCGGCUUCCCAUCAGUCGGAAAAUCUACAUUCCUGUCGAAAGUCACGAAGACGAAGUCCGAGGUGGCUGCAUACUCUUUCACAACCCUCACGGCGAUCCCGGGUGUGCUAGAGUAUGGCGGCGCCGAGAUCCAAGUUCUGGAUCUUCCUGGUAUCAUCGAAGGUGCUUCAGAAGGCAAAGGUAGAGGACGGCAGGUUAUUUCGGCGGCAAAGACCAGCGACAUGAUCCUCAUGGUACUGGACGCCACAAAGCGAGCUGAGCAGAGAGCACUACUUGAGGCCGAACUGAACGCUGUAGGCAUACGGCUCAACGAGGAACCUCCAAAUAUCACUCUCAAGCCGAAGAAAGCAGGUGGCGUGAAGGUCACAUUCGCUACGCCGUCGAAGAACCUGGACGAGAAGCUGCUCUACACGAUCCUCAAGGACUACAAGAUCCUCAACGCAGACGUCCUCGUACGGGAUGAGAACGCUACCGUUGACCAGUUCAUCGACGUGAUUAUGAAGGACCACCGAACAUACAUCAAGUGCCUCUACGUCUACAACAAAGUCGACGCAAUUGGUCUCGAGCAUCUAAACAAGCUCGCACGCGAACCAAAUACCGAAAUCAUGAGCUGUGAGCUGGAUCUCGGCAUCACGGAUGUGGUCGAUCGAUGUUGGGAAGAGCUCCGACUCAUCCGCGUCUACACCAAGCGGAAAGGUAUCGAUCCGGACUUCUCCGAAGCAUUGAUUGUCCGUAACAACAGCACCAUCGAGGAUGUAUGUGACGCCAUCCACAGGACGAUCAAGGAAAGCUUCAAGUAUGCGUUGGUGUGGGGAGCCAGCGCGCGACAUGUGCCGCAGAGAGUCGGUCUGUCACAUUUGGUAGCGGAUGAGGACGUGGUCAGCAUCGUGGGUACCAAGAGUGGUCUGGCAGCCAAAUAG